AUGAAGCGCUAUUACUGGUGCCCAACUUGCCAAAACACCACACAAGAGACCUGCGAUUCAUCGUUGACCAACACAACUUGUCCUAAAGCAGAACUUUGCAUGGCUUUGUGGGAUGAGAACAUUUUUGUUCGGAAAUGCGUCAACGAAAAAAUGCUGGAACUUUUCACAAGAGGUUGCAAGAAGGUCAAUUCCAACGAAAAGGCAUGCAGUCGCAAGCGGAAAUACCACGUUUCUUGGUGUGCCCAAUCAGGUUGCAAAGCUAAAGUAAGCAAAACAGCAAGUGAUUUCUGGUGUCCAACUUGUCAAAAUUCUACCCUAAAAUCUUGCGAUGCGUCGUUGACCAACACCACUUGCCCUAAGGCCGAAUUUUGCAUGGCAAUACAGGACAAAAACAUUUUUGCUCGAAAAUGCGUCAACGAAAAAAUGCUGGAACUCUUCACAAAAGGAUGCAAGAAGGUCAGUUCCAAUGAAAAGGCAUGUAGUCGCAAGCGGAAAUACCACGUUUCUUGGUGUGCCCAAUCAGGUUGCAAAGCUAAAGUAAGCAAAACAGCAACUGAUUUCUGGUGUCCAACUUGUCAAAAUUCUACCCUAAAAUCUUGCGAUGCGUCGUUGACCAACACCACUUGCCCCAAGGCCGAAUUUUGCAUGGCAAUACAGGAUAAAAACAUUUUUGCUCGAAAAUGCGUCAACAAAUCAUUCCUGGACCUCAUCUCCAAAGGUUGCAAACAUGUUGGUGACAAAAUGCGAGAAUGCAAUGGAAAGAGACAUUACCUGGUAACAUGGUGCGACAAACCAGGUUGCAGAGCAGACACAAACGAGAUCCCUAAAGUGACAGCUGAGAAGGCUCCAGAGGAUUCCUCAUUUGAAUGCCCCACUUGCCCAAUCUGUAAGUCCCCUGAGGAGUGCGACAAAAAGCUCUCCAUGACAAAAUGCCCCAAAGCAAGCCGUUGCAUGGCGCUUCGUGUUAACGGCACGGUCGUUUCAAAAACCAUAUUUUCGCGUAACUGCGUAAAUGAGAAAGGGUUUUUAUUGAUCCAAAGAGCUUGUACCAAAAAGCAAGGCUGUGAAGUGUCUACGUGUACCACCACUGGCUGCAAAGCGGCGCUGUAG